AUGGGCAUCUUGCGCGCGGCUGCGGAAGGCGGAGCUGAAGCCAGUAUGAAAAGCUCACGUGUCCCGCUUCAUCCUCCGCCUCUCUACAGCAAAAUGGCGACUGUUGACUUCGACUCGUCCGUAGAUCCAGAGAUGGACCUUACCAGCGACGAGGAGUUAGAGAGGGAAGCUGAAGGCUUCAAAGAGCAAGGAAAUGCCUUUUACGUCAAAAAGGACUAUGCUGAAGCGUUCAACUCCUACACCAAGGCCAUUGACCUGUGCCCGAAAAAUGCCAGUUACUACGGCAACCGUGCGGCCACGCUAAUGAUGCUGAGCCGGUACAGAGAGGCAUUGGAGGACUCCCAGCAGGCCGUGCGAUUAGACGAUACUUUCAUGAAGGGUCACAUGCGUGAGGGCAAGUGCCACCUGUUGCUUGGCAAUGCAAUGGCUGCCAGCCGCUGCUUCCAGAAGAUUCUAGAGCUGGAACCUGACAACAGCCAGGCCCAACAGGAGAUGAAGAAUGCAGAGUCUAUUCUGGAGUACGAGCGCAUGGCUGAGAUCAGCUUUGAGAAGCGAGACUUCAGGAUGGUGGUGUUCUGUAUGGAUCGGGCACUAGAGUAUGCGUCUGCAGGUCACAGGUUCAAGGUGCUGAAAGCAGAGUGUCUGGCACUGCUAGGACGUUACCCAGAGGCCCAGUCUGUUGCCAGUGACAUUUUGCGGAUGGACUCCACAAACGGUGAUGCCCUGUAUGUGCGGGGAUUAUGUCUGUACUAUGAAGACUGCAUUGAAAAGGCUGUCCAAUUCUUCAUUCAAGCACUAAGGAUGGCACCCGAUCACGAGAAGGCCCGUCUGGCCUGCAGAAAUGCUAAAGCCCUGAAGGCUAAGAAAGACGAAGGGAAUAAAGCAUUUAAAGAGGGCAGCUAUGAGGAAGCUUAUGACCUCUACUCUGAGGCUCUGACCAUCGACCCAAACAACAUCAAAACCAAUGCCAAGCUCUACUGUAACAGAGCCACAGUUGGAUCCAAGUUAAACAAACUGGAGCAGGCCAUCGAGGACUGCACAAAGGCUAUUAAACUGGAUGAGUCCUAUAUUAAGGCUUAUUUGAGAAGAGCGCAGUGUUACAUGGACACACAGCAGUAUGAAGAGGCCGUCAGAGACUACGAGAAGGUCUAUCAAACAGAGAAGACUAAAGAGCACAAGAACCUGUUGAAGAACGCUCAGUUAGAGCUAAAAAAGAGCAAGAGGAAAGAUUAUUACAAAGUUCUGGGAGUGGAAAAAAAUGCCACUGAAGAUGAAAUCAAGAAGGCCUACCGCAAACGAGCUCUAAUGCACCAUCCAGAUCGACAUAGUGGAGCGAGUACUGAGGUGCAGAAGGAGGAAGAGAAGAAGUUUAAGGAGGUGGGCGAGGCCUUCACCGUGCUGUCUGAUCCCAAGAAAAAGUCCCGUUACGACAGCGGCCACGAUCUGGAGGAUGAAGACAUGAAUAUGGACUUUGAUGCCAACAACAUUUUCAAAGCAUUCUUUGGUGGUCCUGGUGGGUUCAGUUUCGAAGCAUCUGGUCCUGGAAAUUUCUUCUUCCAGUUUGGUUAACUCGGCUUCUUCCAGCAUGUAUGCAGUAGUUCCACAACCUCUGAAUUCCCCUGAACCGGACUGCUCCCCUCCAUCCCUGCUCUCUGUGUAACAGGCCUAUGGCCCCACAGUUGGACCUGCGUCUGUGCCAUUGACUUGUUUUACUGUUUUUGCACAAAGACAACAACAGCCGGGGCAUGACCCUUCUGUUCCAGACAAACAUGAUGCAUUGCACAGUUCUCUCUUUGACAGGUGUCCUUUUUAGCCCAUGUUAUACUGCUCUAGUUUUAGUUUUAUUUUUGGUUUUUUAAAUCAUCCAAAUGCAUCACUAUCUUCACAUUUAUUAUUUUCAAGAACAUUUAGAAAUCAAUAUUUUGGUGAAUUUUUCCAUUUCCAAAAGCCUUGACCACAAAGUAAGAUGAUGUUUUUGAUAAGUGGGAGAACUUACUUGGAAUGUUUCAAGAAGGUGCUGCAUGCCUUUGUCAAAUCCACAGUUUCUCCCAGACACUGAAUAGGAGUACUUGGUGAUCGUUCAUCCAAAAUGAUCAUUUACUCACUCAUGUUUUUCCAAACCUGUAUGACUUUCUUUCAUGGAGCACAAAAAAUGUCAGGCGCUAUGCUAGUCUCGGUCACCACUGACUUUCACUGCAUCAUCCGUACAAUGAAAGUGAAUGAUAAUAACACAGUGCUCAACAUCUUUUGUGUUUAUUGAUGGAAUGAAGUCAUAAGGGUUUGGAUUGACAUGAGGGUGAGUAAAUGAUGACAGAACUUCCAUUUUUGGGUGAACUAUACCUUUAGUACUCAAGUCUCAUUUCCUGUCAUCCCAUACACAGCCCCCCACAAGCAUAUUUUACAGUUCACAAAAUGAUCCAAAUCAUCUAUAUCCAAAGGACGUCAGUAAAAAAAAAAAAAAAAAAACGUGGAGUAAUGCAGGAAUUACUGCUAGUGACAUAGAAUGUUUCAACAUGUCAAAAUUCCACAGAUUAUAUUUAUGCAACAUUGCAAACUAUUUUUUUAAAGACUUCAGCAAACAAUUGCCAUGUAAAUGGAGCGCCUCAUGCCAAAUCUCAUUAGUAAUUAAUAAUGCAGGCCAGGUGUUCUCUUUCAUUGAUUUGGGUAAACAAAUACAGAUUGUUUGACUACUGCAUACAGAGAUUUGAAGAGAGUGAGUUAAAGUUUUGCCGUUUGAGCACCUAUUGGCCACACCCCUCUCUGUAAAGUUCAUUUGUCAAUGUUGCCAUUCAAACCCUCGCUGCAUUGUACAUUUUACUGGAAUGUAAAGUGUUUCUUUUGUGUUGAUAGUUUAUGACUGUUUAAUUUUUUUUUUUAACUAUGGAAUACACUUAAAUUUUUUUGAUAUGUAUAUUUAUUGUAAAUUUGCUGGAUGUGAGCCUUGGAAGGAUGGAGGGUCUUUAGAUGCACUAGGAUCUUAACUCUUAUAGGUUAAACCCAGAGAGAGAGAGAGACUAAUGUUUGGAUGGCACUGAUUCGUCCAUUGCUAAAUUAAAGAGACUUUUGAGGGACUUGUUUUGGGUAUCAGACGAGCCGCAUUGUGUAUGUUAUGGAUCUAUGUAAGUUGAGGGCUUGGUCGGUGAGCCACAGUUGGUUGUCUCUUCUGAUUUUAACUAAAGCCUUUAAUUGAUUUGUUGUGCUCCAGCAUUCACUUGCUGUAUUUGACCUGACAGUUUACUAUGUAACAAUGAAGCAUUUGUCUGGAAUACCUUCAAAUUGCUCAUCUUGAAAGAUCUACAGUGUAUUCAGAAGACACUGCCAUGCUGACUUUGCUCACUAUGCAGGAACAGUCUUGACUAUGGACCGUUUUUAAAAGCCAUGUAAAUAAAGUAAGCCUCUUUCUGUUUUCCCCUUCACCAAA